AUGUCGAAGCGUACCAACUUUAGGAAUCGCAAGAUUUCCAUCAAGCAGGCGUUGACCAUUCUGCGUAGCACGGACAUUGACCAUCUCGAAGAGGAACUUGUCCUACAAAAUGCUGCACCUCAAAUGGAGACGGGUGUGGAUAAGGAGGAAGAGAAUGAAACACAUCUCGUUGCUGCUAUUACAUCAACAGCACAAAAACCAGUCUACAUCCCUACCCCAGAUGCGAGUCGAGUGGUGACUGGCUAUGAGAAAAAGUACCGUAAGCCAUUCACAAUGCCGCCGAGCUUCAUUCGCUUCUCUGCUACAGUUGAGGAUACGGAAGGCUGCCCGUACUCGAUGGAUGAGGUGGACGAAACAUGGUUGACGGCCUUCAACAAUGGCCGCACGGAGAAUACCGUGAUUAGCGAAGAUGCGUUUGAAUGGAUUGUUCACCAAUUUGAGACAACCAUCAACCUCAAGCAACCCUUCUUAUCCACUGCACCGGAUUCAAUUUUGCCAUUUGAGGAGAUUGAGUCUGCCUUUGAUGAGGACGAUGCCCCUGGCAAACCCUACAAGCAAUUCGCCAAAUUCGUCUACCCACACUGGCGUCAGCGUCGUAUUGAGAAUGGCGGGAAACCCAUCAUGCCACUUCUUCGGUAUGAAGAGAAUGCUAAGGAUGACGGUGAUCCUUAUGUCUGCUUCAGACGUCGUGAAAUUAGACAAAUCAGGAAGACCAGACAAACUGGACAAAGUGCCACUGUACGCUUGCGUGGCCUUCGACAGGAGAUGGUACAAGCGCGUCAGCUAGCAGAACUCGUGGUACGUCGUGAACUACUGAAGCGCGAUGCACUACUGGCGGAACAAGCAUUAUUUGAGAAGCGCAACAGUGUGAAGCAGCUGAAGAGAAGAUUGGGUAUCAAGGGAGAUGAUGACGAUCUCAUCACUCAGAAACAACGCAGAAGUGUUUCGGAAGUCGGUACAACGACACCGCGCGUGAUUCCAGGUGGUCGUGCAACAACAAAAACGGCAGCCAUGGAUGCGUCUGGCGAGCCACACCUUCAGACUCUACAAGACUACUUUGAAGAACGGGAACAAAAAGCGCGUGCAACGAUUAUGGCGAAUGCAGAACAAGCUGCUGCUGUCAAUGCGAAAUGGUGUGACUGUACAGACCAGCCAUUUGUUGCACCACAGACAUCGUGGCCAUCCAGCUUCUUCCGUGCGAUUCGUGCCAUUUACGCUGGUGAGGAUGGUGUUGAACAUGCGCCACCGAUCAGUGAUGAAGACACGCAGAAGCGUGAGCAAGAAGUCUUUUACAGGCAACGUGUUGGUCGUGGCGGUCGUGUGAUGAUGGAUCGACGAUUCAGUCGUGCGGCAUUGGUGUCACGAUCGUCGUUUGCAUCGCAUACAUCGUCAGUUCGUGCAGUGACGCGUGUUUCGCGUGGUGGCAAGGAGAAUAUGAAGCCAGUGCAGAAUGGAGUGCAUACUGCUUCUGAGUCUGCGAAUGCGGAAAAGCUCGUAAGUCCUGGCAAGGCGAAAGUCGGUGGCAAGAGUGGCAAGACACGAAGUAAGCAAGUGGCGGUCGAUGUCGCUGCCGUUGUGGAGGAUGAGACCUUGAUACGCGCGGGAGAGGAGGAUCAGGAUGCGGAGAUGGAGGAUGCGGCGCGAGAACGGUCAUUGUCACGAUGGCGAUUUGACCGCGACUGUGACUCAGAAGAAGAUGUCAUCCAUGUGGAAAUGUAUUGA